GCAGCCUCGAGGUGACUUAACCGGGCGGAUCCAAACCAGACGUCCAAAGCCUAAACACAAGUUUGUGGACACAGUACCAGCAGAGUACAUCGGUCAAGUACCGAUCGGGAGCACGCGUGCUAGGUUAUUCAUGUGGCGAGACUUCAAAAUACCGGACGACAGGCAGGAACCCAAAUGCAAGGUUCCGCUAAAGGGACAGCCGGGUGUUGAAAGGUCCUGUAUGAGGCGAGAUUUCAAAGUACAGGACGACAGGCAGGAACUCGGACUUGCUAUUCCAAACAGCGUUGCCGUUGAAGAGAAGGAUACAUUGUUUGUAGAAGAUUUAGAGUCCCAGUCUGAAGAACUGGAACACAGCGGAAAUGAGAUAAAGGUCCCACUCAAAAGGCAGCCGAGCUGUGAAUCCCUGUUCGGCGGGAAGCAGGUGAAGCCCGGCGCCGUGUGGAGGCCGUACGGCCCGCCGCUGCACGGGUACGGCUCCUCCCUGAACCCGACACCCAAGAAGCGGCCGGACACGCUGCUCAUCCUCGCCGCCAUCUUCUACUGCCUGGCCGUCCUGACAGCGGUGGUGUUCGCUGUCCUCUUCCAGACCAACGUCAUACCAGCCUACAAGACUCCUGAGCCGGUGCCUGUGUGGAUGCAGCAGUUUUCCCCGGAGAUGCAGAGGUGGUACCAGUUGGCGCUCCAGGCAGCCGGAGGGGACACAUCAGCGAUACUGCCGCCUGGAUACGUGCCGCAACCGACUGUGGAGACUCCUGUGCAGGAAUUUUGCAGUGACACGCCUCUUCCUGACUUGCAUGACGGCCGCUUCAACUGCACCAGCAUCGCCUACUACAACAUCUACGUGCGCAUGUGCAUCGCCAAGUGUGACGUGGGCUACCAGACUGAUGACGCGGGCCUGCUGUUCUGCAACCGCGGCCGAUGGGUGCCGAUCGCGCCCGAAGUCGUGUCGACACUCGUCGGCGUCGGUCAGGCUGCCGACACGAUGCCGAACACUGACCCUCGGGUGUUCGAGUACCUCGGCAUCUCCGACCAAAUCUUCGCGGACGUUACGUUUAACAUUUUAAUGAAGCUUGAUGACGUCCCCAAUCUUUCUAUUGUGAAGACAUAUCUAAACAUGAUCCAAGAAGAAAACAUCAUCGACUUCAACAUGAUGCGGCAGUUGUUGAUCUGGAUUGGCCCAACUCUAGACGACAAAGUGGCCAACCUAGACUUCCUGCAUGUUCUGUCUCGCCUAGAGACGUUUGGGGCAUCCAGGCGGCCGGUAUGCAGAAUCGUGGACUGUGGAGGAAACUUUGGGAAUCAAGGCCGAGUCAACAGCAUCACAACCACCUACAUGUCAGAAUCCCGAGUGGUCUGUGAGCGAGGCUACCUGCCACAACACCCUGUACUGACGUGCACGGCUACAGGACACUGGGACAAACCCGCACAUUGCGACCCAGUAACCUGCAGUCCACCUGAGGACCCCCCACACGGCUCGUACCUGUGCCAGGGUCACGUGUUCUCGGACCCCUGUGACGUCAUCUGUGACGUAGGGUACCUACCGGAAACGGACCACGCCCUGGGCUGCAGCUGGACCGGAAACUGGACCACCGUCCAAAGAGGAAAGACGACAGAGAUGGAGAAUGCUGUGUCAGCAGACGUUAUCAUCCCACAGACUCUGGCUUGUGUCAUCGCUGACUGUGGAAACAUUUCGAAACCCGCACACGGUGACGUCACAUGCACAGGUACGACGUACGGCGAGACGUGUCAUCUCACCUGUCAGGACGGCUACGAACGGCUGGGACAAGACAACUUUACCUGCCAGGUUAACCGGCUCACAGCCCAGGCAAUCUGGAGUGGGGAGCCAGAGUGCAUCCCAGAGAGUUGCGGAUCCCCUCCUGAGUUCCCCAACACCGCUCUACGGUGCGCCAAGGGACACACCUACGGGGACACCUGCGGUGUCACCUGUGCGGACGGGUACGAAGGAACAAACCACCAGCGCGUAACGUGUCAUAGCAGCGGCAACUGGAGCCUGCAGGAGGGAGCGCUUCAGCCAUUUGUGGCUGGACCAGAUCUGUUCUGUCAGAAGAAAGGUUGCGGCAAUCUUACUAGCCCUGUCAACGGCAGCCUGACGUGCAGCGGUACCAGGUACCAGGACUCCUGCCGCCUGACCUGUCAGCCCGGGUACAAAGUUGGCUACGAGAGCGGCCAUAUUCUUCAUAGUUUGUACAACUUUAGGUGUCUGGCUAGUGGCGAAUGGAACAAUAAGCCAAGAUGCGUCCCUUUUAACUACUGCCGGCUCGGCCUGCACGACUGCCACCCUGAGCACGGGAUCUGCGACCUGACGGGCCACCAGACCUUCAGCUGCCGCUGCCGGCCCGGGACAGUCGGGGACGGGAGACGCUGUGAACGGAUCUCCUGCCCGCCUUUCCCGAUCUCUGACCCUGCGAACGGCUUCUUCAGGUGUUCUAUCCCGGGAUCCUCUAAUGCCGACACGGCAGAGUAUGCUAACAGCACCUCCGCGGAGUACGAGGCCGUCUGCCUGCUUCACUGUAACCCUGGUUACGACAGGGUGAUCUAUGCCGAGUACUCUUGUGGACACGACGGGAGCUGGACCAUUCCUGUUGACAUAAACAGCGCAGGGACCACGCCGUGUUUAGCUGUGAAAUGCCCGGACCUGGCCAGUCCCCUGAACGGUAGAAUGACCUGCAACAGGGGCUCAGAAUUCCGCCAUCCCGAGGCCUGCAACUUCGCCUGCAACCGAGGUUACGAGCUGACCCUAUCAAGCAGCAGCGUGAGACGCUGUCAGACUGAUGCAACCUGGUCUGGAAACGACGCCUUGUGUAUCGGUAGAUACGGCAUUGUUACUCCGUGA